AUGGAGCCCUCAACGCCCUCCCGUCCGCCCAAGGACAUCGAAACGGCCUACACCAGGCCACUGGAGCCGGAGUCACCGGCCAAUUUUGUCACUGGAAAGGCUGGCAAGAGGCAGAGGAAGACUGUCACAAUGCCUCCCCCAGUCCUCAAAGGAGCCAGCGACAGCAUCCCCACGGCCACCUCUCGGCUGCAGAAGCAGUUUGAGGAGGCUCAGCAGCAACAGAACCUGCAGCAGAAGGCUCUCAUCAGAUUGGCAAAGACUCUGGACAGCUGGGUUGAGGAGGAGAAGCACAAAGACAGCUGCGAGGGAGCCGACUACCUGGGCGGGUGUUGCUCAGAGGGGGAAAACUCUGCCCUCCCUGGGGUUGCCCCUGCCAAGACUGCGGCUUCCUCGGCAGGCAGGGCUAGUGGGGCUAGCCUGCAGCCCAAAAGCGCCAGUCAGCCAGGGGGCCCCACAGGGGGCACAAAACCGCAGGAGGACCCACGAGUCCUCGUCACCCUCCAGCCAGAGAUGUGCGGCAGGCAAUCGUUGCAAACAUUCAGGGGGUGGUGGAUGUGGCCAAUGUGCCGAAGGUGGAGCCCACCAGGACAGGCAGUGGCUACUCUCUGUGAAGUCCUUGGCGCCACGGAGAUCCGGCUACCAGAGCGGUGGUACAAUUAUGCUGUCCCAGGGGUCCCAGAAUCUGUCCAGGACUGGGAAGGGGCAAGAAUCCCCACAGACAAGAUGAUUGAGGGAGAGGUUCUGGCUCAGGCAAAGGUAAAGCCAGUGAGCUGUCGACCCUCGCGUCAUGGGGUGAACCCCAAGACAGGGAAGAUUACAUGGAUUGUCUCCUUCCUUGCCCCGGUAAAAGGCUUCUCACUCUUCAAUGCCAGUGAGAGGGCCAGGAUGAUUGAGAAAAGGCCUUUGGCA